CUCUGGCAUUUUUAUUUUUUUGCCUCCUUCUCACCCUCUACACCACCCUCAAAGGCUCGACCCAGCCCCGGAUGUCUUGCCCGUCCGCUAUCGAGCUCUCAACUCUUCCAGGCGGAGCAUAAAAACGAAGCCGGAUUUUUGUAUCCACUUCUCCUACACACACAGACCAGCGGUCUUCCUCUCCACAAGCCCUGUCACUUACAGGCCAGCUCCCCCUAGCUGCUGCUGGCAUCUUCCUCUCCCCCUUCAACACCAACUCCCGCCCACCAUGCAGCGACUCUGUAGAGCGAGCAGCCGCGCGCUGCGUUCAACACGCUCACCAUGUGCCUCAGGGCCUUCCUACCCUUCCUACCUGUCUGCGACGCGCCGUCCUCUCGCCUUGUCCUCGCAACGUCGAUAUAAGAGCGCGCUCUACAACGCCCCCGACCCCAACGACAACUUCCUCCAGGGCGAAAAUGCCAACUAUAUCGACGAGAUGUACAUCCAGUACAAGCAGGAUCCCAAGAGCGUGCACGUGUCAUGGCAGGUCUACUUCAAGAACAUGGAGAGCGGCAACAUGCCCAUCUCGCAGGCUUUCCAGCCCCCUCCGAACCUCGUCCCUGCCUCGUCCGCCGUCGUGACCGGCCUGGCCGCCGGCGCUGGUGUAGGCAUCGGCGAGGGCUCCGAGGUUGACAAUCACCUCAAGGUCCAGCUGCUGGUCCGCGCAUACCAGGCACGAGGACACCUCAAGGCCAAGAUCGACCCCCUGGGCAUCCGUCAGGAGUCCGAGGGCUUCGGAAACAUCAAGCCCAAGGAGCUGAGCCUCGACUACUACCAGUUCACCGACAAGGACCUCGACACCGAGUACACCCUAGGACCCGGCAUCCUGCCUCGUUUCAGGAAGGAGGGCAGGGAGAAGAUGACCCUGCGCGAGAUUGUGGACGCCUGCGAGAAGAUCUACUGCGGCUCGUACGGCGUCGAGUUCAUCCACAUCCCCGACAGGGAGAAGUGCGACUGGCUGAGGGAGCGCAUCGAGGUGCCCCAGCCCUUCAAGUACUCCCACGAUGAGAAGAGGCGUAUCCUCGACCGUCUCAUCUGGAGCUCCAGCUUCGAGUCCUUCCUGGCCACCAAGUACCCCAACGACAAGCGUUUCGGCCUCGAGGGCUGCGAGACUCUUGUCCCCGGCAUGAAGGCCCUCAUCGAUCGCAGCGUGGACUACGGCGUAAAGGACAUCGUUAUCGGCAUGCCCCACCGUGGUCGUCUGAACGUCCUCAGCAAUGUCGUGCGCAAGCCCAACGAGUCCAUCUUCAGCGAGUUUGCCGGCACCUCUGCCGCCGAGGACGAGGGCUCCGGCGAUGUCAAGUACCAUCUGGGUAUGAACUUCGAGAGGCCUACCCCGUCCGGAAAGCGUGUGCAGCUGUCUCUGGUCGCCAACCCCUCCCAUCUGGAAGCUGAGGACCCUGUUGUCCUGGGCAAGGCCCGAGCCAUCCAGCACUACAACAACGACGAGAAGACCCACCGCACUGCUAUGGGUGUCCUCCUUCACGGUGACGCCGCUCUUGCUGCCCAGGGUGUCGUCUAUGAAUGUCUCGGUUUCCACUCGCUGCCCGCCUACUCCACUGGCGGUACCGUCCACAUCGUCGUGAACAACCAGAUCGGCUUCACCACGGAUCCUCGUUUCGCUCGCUCCACCCCAUACUGUACCGACAUCGCCAAGGCCAUCGAUGCGCCCGUCUUCCACGUCAAUGCCGAUGAUGUCGAGGCUGUGAACUUUGUCUCCCAGCUGGCUGCCGACUGGAGAGCCGAGUUCCAGCAGGACGUCGUCAUCGAUCUUGUCUGCUACCGCAAGCACGGCCACAACGAGACCGACCAGCCCUCCUUCACUCAGCCUCUCAUGUACAAGCGUAUCCAGUCGCACGAGCCUCAGAUUGACAUCUACGUCGAGCAGCUGCAGAAGGACGGCACGUUUACCAAGGAAGACAUCGAAGAGCACAAGAAGUGGGUCUGGGGCAUGCUGGAGGAGAGCUUCUCCAAGUCCAAGGACUACCAGCCGACGUCCAAGGAGUGGACCACGUCCGCGUGGAACGGCUUCAAGUCUCCCAAGGAGCUGGCCACCGAGGUCCUGCCCCACACGCCCACCGGUGUCAAGCAGGACACUCUGGAGCACAUCGGUACGGUCAUCGGCAGCGCCCCCGAAGGCUUUGGUGUCCACCGCAACCUGAAACGUAUCCUUUCCAACCGCACCAAGUCCGUCGUCGAGGGCAAGAACAUCGACUGGUCGACGGCUGAGGCUCUUGCGUUCGGUUCUCUCGUCACCGAGGGCCACCAUGUCCGUGUGGCUGGUCAGGAUGUCGAGCGUGGUACAUUCUCGCAGCGCCAUGCUGUAUUCCACGACCAGGAGAACGAGGGCACGUAUACGCCGUUGCAGCACAUCAGCAAGGACCAGGGCAAGUUUGUCAUCUCCAACUCGUCCCUGAGUGAGUUCGGCGCUCUCGGUUUCGAGUACGGCUACUCUCUGACCUCGCCCAACGCCCUGGUCAUGUGGGAGGCCCAGUUUGGUGACUUCGCCAACAACGCACAAUGUAUCAUCGACCAGUUUAUCGCCUCUGGUGAGGUCAAGUGGAUGCAGAGGACCGGCCUCGUCAUGUCACUCCCCCACGGUUAUGACGGACAGGGACCAGAACACUCGUCUGGCCGCCUCGAGCGCUACUUGCAGCUCUGCAACGAGGACCCUCGUGUCUUCCCGUCCGAGGACAAGCUGCAACGCCAGCACCAGGACUGCAACAUGCAGAUUGCGUACAUGACGACCCCGGCCAACCUAUUCCACGUCCUCCGACGCCAGAUGAACAGGCAAUUCCGAAAGCCCCUCAUUAUCUUCUUCUCCAAGUCCCUCCUCCGGCACCCACUUGCGCGCUCUAACAUUGAGGAGUUCACCGGCGACUCACAAUUCCACUGGAUUAUCGAAGAUCCGGCGCACGAGAGCGGAGACAUCAAGCCUCGCGAAGAGAUCGACCGUGUGAUCCUCUGCUCAGGUCAGGUCUAUGCGGCGCUGCACAAGUACCGCGCCGACAACAACAUCAGCGACGUGGCCAUCACGCGUAUCGAGCAGCUCAACCCCUUCCCGUGGCAGCAGCUCAAGGAGAACCUGGACAGCUACCCCAACGCCAAGACUGUCGUCUGGGCACAGGAGGAGCCCCUGAACGCCGGUGCUUGGAGCUUUACGCAGCCACGCAUCGAGACGCUGCUGAACCAGACCGAACACCACGACCACAAGCACGUCAUGUAUGCCGGCCGCAACCCUAGUGCGUCUGUGGCCACUGGCCUGAAGGGGUCUCACUUGAAGGAGGAGCAGGAGCUUUUGGAGAUGGCUUUCACUGUGAAACAGGACAAGUUGAAGGGAGAGUAGCAGUAAAUCGACAGAAGUGUUCGGGGGGGGGGGGGGGUAACAAGAAGGGACUGUUUGUACACGUAUAAAGCGACACGUGUUCAAACACCAGCAUCAUCUCCUUUGUUCAAACAAUUAAAUGCUUCGAAAUUACUGU